GGCAUGCACGUAUAAAUGUGUUUGCGGACCGCCAUAAUACCAACAAAGAAGAAGAAAAACGUUGGAGUCCGAGAGGCGUGGAUGGAACAGUUUCAAAAUGGCGGACAGAAACAAGGAAGGAGAGAAGAGAAAGAAGGAGAGUAUCUUCGACCUGUCCAAGUACAUCGAUAAACAGAUCCGUGUCAAGUUCCAGGGAGGACGAGAGGCCAGUGGAGUCCUGAAGGGGUUUGACCCCCUGUUGAACCUGGUAUUGGACAGCACCAUUGAGUACUUGCGAGACCCUGAUGACCAGUUCAAGCUGACCGAGGACACGCGACAGCUGGGCCUGGUGGUGUGUCGAGGGACCUCAGUGGUGCUCAUCUGUCCUCAGGACGGCAUGGAGGCCAUCCCCAACCCCUUCAUCCAGCAGCAGGACGGAUAGUUCGCCAGCCUUGUGCCUCUUGAUUACCUCACAGUAGCCCAAUUCCUGGGGUGAAUCUUAAUUGUAUUUCCUUGAUUCCUCAAGUCCUCUCCUUGCUUCCAAUAUGCUUUGAAAAGUUGACAAGGUAGGAGGACGUGAGGAAUCAAGGAAAUAUUAUUGAGCUUCACUACUAUUCUCACCUGCCCCUUCUACCUGAGGUGUACUUCAUGUUCACUUCCAUCAGCCCCACACGUUUUUCUGAGUCCCUAUAAAUCAGGAAAAUUAUUUUGUUGUAGUUUAAUUGGUGUCACCAGCCUGAAUGUUGAUCUAGUAGGCAGUAGAAAAUGGUGUGAUAAGCGUGUGUUUUGUUUAGAAAUGAGGAAUAGUGGUUUAAAUGUUCAUUUGGGGGGUGGAGUUUGUCUGACUAGAUAAGUGAAAACUAAUUUUUGCUGUGAUGGUAAACAAACUUUUUACUAUAGUUUUCCCUAAGUCAGGCCAGGUUUGAACGUAUUGGCAUAUUAUGUUUUUACAUUACAAAUGUAAUAAAUUUACUAUUUUCUUUAA